AGAGCGGCUCUCGCUCGAGUGUGCAACGGUCAACAAGCUCAUAGGAUUGCGUAUAAGGUAUUUUGCCUGGUGCACGCAUCGAUUCGCAUCGAUUCGCGCAUCAAUUCGCAUUUAUAGCGACUCCUGAUUGGUGCUGCCCACUACCAGCCAAGCGGUGCGCAACGAUGCGUGCGACGCUGCUCUACGCAUGCGGUGCCUCGGCACUGCUGACGCCGUUGCGACGGGCGCCGCCGGCGCGCCUUGCACGACCGCCGACCGCGCUCCGCGCCGUACCGGUGCAGAGCGAGUGGACGACCUGGGCUCUACUCGGCACGACGGGCGCGCUCGGCUUGUAUGCGGAGGAAAACUCGAAGCUCGGCGCGGCGCUCAGCUCGAACGUCGUGACGAUGGUGGCCGCGCUAGUACUGGCGAACCUCGGCGCGCUGCCUACCUCGUCGCCCGUCUACGGCACCGUCGUCAAGAAGCUCGUGCCGCUGGCCGUCGCGGCCUUGCUCUUCGACGCGGAUUUAGAUAGAGUGCGGCGGGAAGGGCGACGACUCCUCGCGCCGUUCGUCGUCGCCGCGCUGGGAACCAUCGCCGGCACCGUCGUCGCGUGGCGCCUCGUCCCGCUCCAGCGCGGCAUCCCGGCGCUGGCGGCGCGUGCGACGAUGGCGUCGGCCCUGACGGCGCGGCACAUCGGCGGCGCCGUGAACUACGUCUCCGUGGCGGAGUACGGCGGCGCGGCGCCGGAGCUCGUCGCCGCUGGCAUCGCCGCGGACAACGCCGUCGUGGCGCCCUAUUUUGUUGGAUUGUUCGCGGCGUCGGGACCGGCGAAGGGUGGUAACAAAGGCGGCGCGAAGCGCGCCGACCCCGCGAUCUCGGCGACGGACGCCGCCGCGGCCGUCGCGGCAGCGUUGAGCAUCGUCGCGCUGGCCGACGCCGCGGCGCCGGCGCACCUGCUGCUGCCGCUGACGACGGCGGUAGCGGUUGCGUUUGCCACGUUGGCGCCGUCUCUGGGCGCGCGGCUCGCGCCGGCGGGCCGCAUCGUCGGCGUCGUCGCGAUGCAGCUCUUCGUGGCGGCCAUUGGCGCGGCCGGGAGGGUGCGUGGCCUUGCCCGAAGCGGCGUGUGGCUCGCGGCGUUCUCGGCCGUCCAGCUUGCGGUCCACUUCUGCGUUCUGGGCGCCGCGAAGGCGUUCUUCGGGCUCCCGAUCCGCGAACUGGCCGUCGCCUCGAACGCCGCGGUCGGCGGGCCCACGACCGCGGCCGCGAUGGCUACGGCGAAGGGCUGGGACGACCUCGUCCUGCCGGCGCUCCUCGUCGGCAUCCUAGGCUACGCGACGGGGACGUUUGUCUCGAUCGGCCUCCUUUCGAUGUGGGUAAGGUAG